GUUGAGCAUAAGCAUCAAGGCUUUCAAGCAUCAAGCGUCAAGUGAUCUCUACAUCCGAAACCACUCAAUUUCACUAUGCCGAAAUCAGGAGCGCAAGCCAUGGGAGCUUGGAGCCACCCUCCAAAAGCAGCUGGGGAGGAUAUUCAGCAAACGUGCGACCAGGUGCGAAAGGCCGUCGAGGACAAAAUCAAUGGCGGUCAACCGUUUGGCCAGUUCAACGCAACUCUCUUCAUCGAGCAGGUGGUUGAAGGGUGGAACUACCGCAUCAAGGUUCAGAUCAACACCGUGACGUUGAUCCGUAUCCAGGUGUACCAAUCUCCAUUCAAGGUGCAUGAUGGCCCAACUCCACCUGUACUGAACGCGGUUGCCGCUGAUGGUCCUCUCAAUGACAAACCCUUCUAAGCGCACGAUUAUCAUUCCAUAUUUUUCUCACUUCAUUUUGCUCUCACUUACAUCAUAUUUUGCUUAUUCAUUCUACUCUUGCUCCGCUAUAUCCACCUAUCAUUGCGCUGCCUAGAACUAUCUACGACUGCCAAUGAGCAAUGAGCAAUUUGAUCCCUCUUUCAAGUAACUUGUCUUUUCGUGUCAGCUCCCCCACUGCAUUAUCGCACUACACAAUUGCGUACUGAUUAUACAUCUUCCUAUCACACUGCACUGUUCUGUAUACGGACGACUAGAACAUCUUUGAAGCAACUGGAAACUAGUGUAGUUUCAGUGUUUCUA